GUGUCCCGGUUGCGGACGAGGGAGGAACGGGAGCGGUAUGGCCACCGGGCAGCGCUACGCCGGGCGGGUGGCCGUGGUGACCGGGGGCGGCCGGGGCAUCGGCGAGGGCAUCGUGCGGACCUUUGUGGAUCAAGGAGCCCGGGUUGUCUUCUGUGACAAAGAUGAGGCAGCAGGCCGGGCCCUGGAGCUGGCCCUGAAGGAAGCCCACACCCCCGGGGAAGCCAUAUUCGUGCCGUGUGAUGUGACCCGGGAAGAAGAGCUUCAGGCCCUGUUCUCCGAGACACUACGGCGUUGUGGUCGACUGGACUGCCUGGUGAACAACGCCGGGCGCCACCCUCGCCCGGAGCGGAUAGAGGACACGACGGCUCAGGAGUUCCGAGAUCUCCUGGAACUGAACCUGCUCGGAUACUACACGGCCUCCAAGCUAGCCUUGCCCCACCUGAGAAAGACCCAGGGAAACAUCAUCAACAUCUCCAGCUUGGUGGCAAUCAUUGGCCAGAGGGAGGCUGUGCCCUACGUGGCUACCAAAGGUGCCGUCACUGCCAUGACCAAAGCUCUCGCCCUAGAUGAAGGUCAAAAUGGUGUUCGGGUCAACUGCAUCUCCCCUGGUAACAUUUGGACUCCCCUAUGGAAGGAACUGGCCCAGAUGACACCAGACCUCUCCAAGGCAGUGAGGGAAGGGGAGGCUGCUCAGAUCCUAGGCCGUCUGGGGACGCCAGCAGAGGUGGGGGCAGCUGCCAUGUUCCUGGCGGCAGAGGGAUCCUUCUGCUCGGGGGUCGACCUACCUCUCAGCGGAGGAGCUGAACUGGGGUAUGGCCCCAAGGCCCUGACUCCUCUCGUGUCCCAGGCACAAGGAAGCCCCUAGCUUCCCCACGAAAUCUGAUCCACCUGAAGUCCUCAGAAACCGUAAACCUUAAAUCGUGAGGACUCCAGACCUCCAAAAAUCUGGGACUGCCCACCUCUGUAAACUUUUUUUUAAUGGUAUUUGUUAAGCACUUACUAUGUUCCAGGCACUGUUCUAAGCGCUAAAUCUCCCCUUCCAGCCCUCUCAACCAACCCCCACUAACCAAAUAAUAAUAAUACUAAUUGAGGUAUUUUAAAUGCCUACUCUGUUCCAAGACUUGAACUAAAUGCUGGGGUAGAAAUAAGACAAUCAGAUGGGGUACAAUUCCUGCCCCACAUGGGGCUCGCAGUCUAAGGGCGAGGGAGAAGAUACUGAAUCCCCAUUUUAUAGAUGAGGAAACUGAGACACAGAGAAGUGGGGUGACUUGCUCACAGUCACACAGCAGGUGAGGGGCGGAGCUGAGAUUAGAAUUCAGGUUUAGCGAGCCCCAGUUCUGUGCUCUAUUUAUGCUGCUUCUCUCACCCUCCUCACCAACCUUAUCUCUAUCUUCCCCUCAGAAGAUCAUGUUCCCUCUAGUCAUGGGGUUAAACAAUCGGUCCAUUCAGCUGGGUAUUCGUGGCAUUCGCCUUCUGGCAGUGGCAUUAAUAUGCUGUGAGCAGUGUUUUGGUCAUUCAUCUUAAAAGUUAGGGAUAAUAAUUACAAUCUUGGCUUUUAUUAAGCACAUGUUAAGCACUGGACCGAACACAAGGCCAUCUCUCCAGCCCUAACUCUACCUCUACUUGACCAAUAAUUUUUCCAAAUCCCUCUUGAGUCUACUGCUAUUUUCUCCCUGUCUUUAUUUUUAAAUGAUAUUUGUUAAGCGCUUACUACGAGUCACACACUGUGCCAAACGCUGGGGUAAGGUGCCAGUUAAGUUAGACACAGUCCCUGUCCCGCAUGGGUCUCAGAGUCUAACUCUCUCACCUUAUGGCAACUUAUUUCCCCUAAGUUAUCCCAGUUCUGACUCUUCCAUCUUCCCACUAAAUGUGAUUGGAGCUAGAGGGAAAAUGCAAUAAAGUAUUUUAUUUCCCCCCAC